UGCUGGUCGACAACUUCAAAUUUUCAGUGUCUCACUCCCUCUGUUAAAGCUCACAUCACAUUACAUUACUAUCUAAAACCUACAAGCAAGACUUAAUAUCUGUUCUUUGUCUGCUUACUCUUUGUUUUCAAGGAUUCCUUCGAACGAGCAAAAUGUCGGCUAACUGUGAGAAAAUGGUAGCCAUCCCUCCAACGACCAACCAAUGGCUACAGGUGGAUGAUCACAAGGUCUUGAUGGGUUCCAAUGGUGGAAGUAGUAACAAUAAUAAGGUAAUGGAAAAACCAGGUCAAAAUCAACUUGUGCAGCAGCAGCAACAUCCAGAAACCCUCAAGUGCCCUCGUUGUGACUCAUCAAACACCAAGUUCUGCUACUACAACAACUACAGUUUGUCUCAGCCUAGACACUUCUGCAAAGCCUGCAAGCGCUAUUGGACAAGAGGUGGAACCCUCAGAAACGUUCCUGUUGGUGGAGGCUGCAGAAGAAACAAGCGUGUAAAGCGUCCAAUAACAAGCCCUUGUUCUGCCGCCAUUGACACUGCUUCUAAUUCUUCUAACUCUUCUUCUGCUCCCACUGCUGCUGCUUCACUACAACCCCAGAUCGACACUGCUUCAACCUCAAAUCACAUCAACCCUUUGUUCUAUGGAUUACCAAGUAGCUCUAGCGAUGUGAAUCUUCCAUUGUUCUCUAGGUUCGGUUCUAGAAUCUCCAGUUCCGGGUUUGAUCUUCAGUUGAAUAAUGCCCUUGGAUUAGGUUUUUCAUCCGGGGUUUUGUCCAAUGAAGCUAGUGAUAAUAACGGUUACAGAAGCGGGUUUGGUUCAAACAAUAUGCUUCUUUCAAGUUAUACAUCCACUACUACUACUACUCCAGCUAUGUCUUCUCUUUUGCUUCAACAGAAGUUCAUCAGUGGUGGAUUGAAAAAUGAUGCUGAUAGCAGCAACACUUUCCAGCAUGGCUUAAGCUUAACCUCACUAGAGCAGUUGCAAAUAGCAAGUGAUCAUAGCAGUGAGGCAGGGAUGGUGGCAUUAAAAGAUGUGAAAGUAGAAUUAGGACAAAACAACAACAGGUUGGAGUGGAAUGGUGGUGCUUUCCAAAGCCAGAUCCAGCAUGUGGGCUUGUACGAUCCUUUGCUUUAUUGGAAUAAUUCAGCAACAGCUUUGGGUGUUUGGAACGAUCAAGCUGCUAAUAUUGGUUCAUCAGUCACUUCUCUGAUCUAGAAAAAUACAAUCCAAUCGAAUGAAGAAGUAUGGUUUUCAAGUUUGUCUCCCCCUUCUGUCUUGUUGCUGCUACUUUUUUCUUUUGUUUUGUUUUUCUUCUUUUUUUUGGGCCAAAAUGGGAAAUUAAAGGGAGGAAAUUAAGGUGAUACUUGUAAGAAAAUGGGAAAGCAAAAGGUGAGAGGAGUUUGGAUCGGAGCGAUCAUGUCAGCUGAAUCCUGCAAAUAUAUAUAAAUUUCUCUUACAAGAUUGGGAAAAGAAUUGCAUAUAUUGCUCUGAGAGGAACCUGGGAUCCUCUUCUCUCAUCUUCUCACAGUUGCUGCGCAGUGUUCUCUACGGAAAUCCUUUCUGUUGAAUUAAAGUUCCCCAUAGUUAAGUAAGUUGGUCUUUCAUUUUGUUAUGUACAUAUGGAUGACAUUUCUUUUCUUUUUCUUAUCUUGUAAUGAACCAGCUGUGGUUAGCUAGGUGGGGUAGGGGAUUUACUGGGUAUGAUGCUGUCCUUGAAUAAAGGAACUAAUAUUGGUUUCAUUUUUGUUAACUUUGUGAUGAUUUUUGUUUUGGAUAGGGAGAAUGGGAAUAUAUUGGGUAUAAUGGUAUAGAAGAGAGGGGGAUUAUUUACUUGGUUUUAGAUGAUUAAUGAGUUAAUGUAUGUCGGUGGUUUAAUUUGGUGCUUAUAUGUGUUCAACCUCGUUCUAUC